GGAAAAGGACAAAAGGAGCCUCUCAUCGAUGGCAUUGCUGCAGAAAGACAUAGAAAUCUCUGGACGAGAGGAUGAAAUCAAGGUCACUCAAGAAGAGACCCGCAUGCCAUAUGUGUCUAACGAACAUGAGGAUGACGAUCUAAUGAGGUUAUUCCAAGUAAUGGAGGAAGGUUCUGUUCAUGAAGUUAAUAGCGAGGUUACUAAAGCUCUUGUUGACCUGGAGGCCUCGUUGAAAGCGGAUCUAAAUGAUAUAGCCACCUCUGAAAAAGAUAGACUUUGCCUUGAGAACGCUCUCACUAGCUUGUCCUCUCUUUGUUCCAAUGAUGAUCUUAAAGCUACAAUACACUCUUUGCAACAAGAAAUCCAAACUAUUCUAUCUUCCUUUAAGCAAGCCUCUGCUACCAUUGACACAGCGACCAAGCUUGAACAAAAAGAGAAUGUAAUGAUUGGACAGCGUUCGCAACGAAAAGAAGCAGCUAUGACUCUUUUAUCUGAAAUUCACAGGACUCAGAAUUCUAUGGUCGAGGCUCAAACAAGGGAAGUAGAGUUGAAAGAGCAAAUCUCUAAGUUGCAGGCUGAAUUGUAUAGCAAAGAAAAAGAAAUCAAAGAGUGCCAGACCAAACUGUUGUCUCUUCAAGAGCAAAAGAAGAAGAGUGUUUCUGACACUGUUGGAUUCCUAAAGGAAUUAGAAGCAGUAAAGAAAGAGAGGUCUCACAUGGUGAAAGACCAGAUAAAAGCAAAGCAACAACUGGAGAAUGUGAAUUGUAAGUGGUCUUCUUGUGUAGACAACUUGAAGAAAACCUCAAUGCUGUUGGGAUCUCAUCUUAAACAUAAGCUUUGAGUGACGGAGAUUCUCAUUUAAUUGUUUAUUAAAGAAACAUGUAAAAAUAGU